AACAGCUUCAAGCCCUUGUUCGCAGGUCAAGAUUGCGAUCGCAGCAGUCCUUGACCCGUUUUUCGUUGCGGGCUAAACGCCGCCCACUCCGUGGACGGGACCAGCGCGCGCCUCGUAACGUCGUCGCCAUUUUCUCACGUGCGACUUGGCGCAAUGGCGUUGGCGGUGGCCGUCGCGCUCUUGCUCGUGUCGCCGCUGUUUGCCCACGACAACAUUGGGAACAUCGAUACGUCCGGUGUCGAGUACGCCGCGUACGGGCCCAUCGACGCUGUCUACACGUGGGUCAACGGAUCCGACCCCACGUGGCAGCAAUCCAAGAGCCACUGGCUCCAGCGCUGGAGCGGCCGCAACGCCACGAAAGACUCGGCCUCGGCCGAGAACCGGUUCCGAGACAACGACGAGCUCCGCUACUCGAUCCGGUCGCUCGAGACGUACGCGCCGUGGAUCCGACGCAUCUUUCUCGUGACGGACGGUCAAGUGCCCACGUGGCUCGACCUCUCGCACCCGCGCAUCACAGUCGUGCCGCACAGCGACAUCUUCCCGAAUGCGUCGCACUUGCCGUCGUUUGCGUCGCCCGCGAUCGAGUCGCAUCUGGACAACAUUCCUGGGCUGGCCGAGUACUUUUUGUACUUUAACGACGAGGUGUUUUUGUCGGCGCCGGUGCUGCCGUCCGACUUUAUGAGUCCGCGAGGGACUCAGAACCUGUUUUUCGCAUGGGACGCGCCCGAUUGUGCGCCAGGAUGCAAGCACGCGAUGCUCGGGAACGACCAGUGCCACGCGAGCUGCAACGUUGCGAGCUGUGAUUACGACCUUGGCGACUGCACGUGUGACAGAGCGGCGAUGCCACCGGCUAUGGCGGUGAGCUCGUGGAAUGAGGUGUGCGUUGGUGACGCAGCCUACUCGCCGGACGCCACGUGUGCUGCGGGCUGUAGCUGGAGCAAACUCGGUGACGGUGUCUGCAAUCCAAAGUGCAACUUGGUCGAGUGCGCUUUUGACGCUGGCGACUGCUUGCCGCAACGGUUGACGCAACUGCCGCACGCAAACAUUGCGCUCGAUGCCCGGCCAAAACACAGCGCCGUACUGCUGGGUAACCCGACGCCAGUUCUCGUGCUCUUCAAGACCGGUGGUAUCGCUCCAGCCACGAGCACUGGGAUUCGACGCGCCGUCGUGGUGCCUCGUCAUGAUGCAGUUGUCGUCUUCUUGGCUGACCCACCGCCAUCGGUGCUUCACCUCCGCACCAUGGCAAAUGGUACAUCAAUGGAGCUUGCGACAUCCACCUAUGGCGAAUCGAUGACCAGUGGUAUCUGGUUCACCGAGAAGAACCGCACGUAUGGUGCCUUGGACUUGAGCAAAGUCAACAUCACACGGGGCGAUGCAUCCGCCGACGUCCUUAUCCCGUGGUUUGCCCCAACGACAUCUAAGGUGUUCAUCAGCGUCACAAAGGCCGGCGACACGAGCACUAUUAACUGCAGAAAGACCAGCGCUCCGGGACGAGCCUGUACGAUCUCGGCGUUGGGACUGAGCGUACGACUCAACGUUGACGACACUGUCAAUGCCCUCGUUUGCAUUCACGCUGGCUUUGAAGCGUGUAUAAAUUUUGAUGCGGACGUCCAAGUGUGGCCGCUGCAGACACCAGCCGUGUCCGUCUCAAAUGGCCCAGUGUUGGCGCGCGAUUGUGCUUGGUACAAAUGGUGUUCCGAUUCCUACAAUUCGCUCGGAUCUCGGUGUACCGGUCGCGAUCAGCGGCGACGUAGUGUCCCAAAGUUCGAUGUGAUUGCGCACUGCACCCAGCUUGGCCAAAAACUCGGCACCGGCCCCGACUCGUUCAAGUACUCGUCAACGCUCGUCUCGAUGAUGUGCCGUAUGCAGUUCGGCACCGAGACACCGCCGCCCACGAGCGACAAUUGCGCAUCACGGCCGCCGCUGACGUCGCAAGUCGACUACACAGACACCUUUGGUGAUUCGUUGCGGCACGUCAACAUUCUCUUCAACCGAGUAUUUGGGAAGCCCGUGCAAGCGCGGGGCGUGCCAUCGCACAUGCCACACUUCAUCCAGAAGCCCCUGCUUACGGAGCUGAAGCACCGGUGGUCUACUGAGUUUGCAGCCACGUCGUCGCACCGUUUCCGGGAGCCCGACGACAUGCAGUUCGGCUUCUCGUACAUGCACUACGUUCUGAACCGACGCCAGCUGCACCCAGCAUCGACGUUUCAUGAAGUGUUCAACUCGCUCAUUGACAUCAACCACAAUGGAGCCAUCGACGCUAUCGAGAUGGAUAGCAUCGCGCGGCUCCUUGGCGACUGGCAGCGCCCUUCAUCAGAGCUCCAGGCUGUCGUGGACGCUUGUCGCGGAAAUGCGACCGCACUAACCAAAGCUAGCCUGGAGUCGCAGUGUCCGCUGUUGGUACUGCACCUCACGCAGUUGUCACCGAGCAGCGUACCGCCAGCACACAGCAUUGUGGCAAACCCUCCGGUGGUCUUUGCGAUGAUCAAGGACCCUCGCAGCAUGGCGGCGCUCCUCCGAGACAAGAAGUUGUCGACGGCCAAGUUCAUUUGCGUCAACGACGACAUGUCGACGCCAGUUCCGGCGGUUGUUGAGCGACUGAAAGCGUUCUUUGAGAACCGCUGGGGUGUGCCGUCGAGCUUUGAGCUCGCAGACGACAAAGGCAAAACACGAAGCGUCCAAGUUGCACCGCAGCCAAAGCCAGAAGACGAAAGAGAAGAUCGUGGUCCGCUCAAUCCCGGUCGGAACAACGCAACAUUGGCAGAAGGCACUCCGACCAUGUCGCACCCGCCGGUCUUGGGCUCAAUAGCACCACAAGUGUCGUCCACUGCCGCGAGGCUGGCGGCAGCAGGAAAGCUCCGACCCAUCAACACGGCAGGCCGCCUCGACACCGAGCUGGCGCUGCUUUGGCCGGCCCAAGUGGCCUUUGCAAUGAUCACGACGCUAGUUCUUUGUGUGCUAUUGUGUCUCAAACGACACAUCAGUCGACCACUUCGAAGUAGAUGAGCGUCGCGGACGCUAACACUAUUAAUGAUCCUGUCGCCAUAUUUCGAAAUAUCCA